AUGGAGGAGCUGCAAGCCCUGACAGAGGCCCUCUUCCCCGACAACCAGGAUGACCCUCUACAGAGCGAGGCACACCCUGAGGGAGAGUUAAGAAGUGGUCCAGAGAUAGAUUACCCCUGUCUGGCUGCAACGUUGCCAGGAAUUAAUCUUUCGGCUGUGAUGAGUAGUAGCUCUACUUGUCCAGCAGUUCCAGGUUUGGAUAUAGAAGCUGAAAUGACCAGGUUUGCCUACUAUUAUGUGGGUAUUGGCUUUGCUAUAGUGAUACUGAGCACCAUCCAGGUCUGGACAUUUUUGACCUCAGCUGCAACACAAACAGCAAGAAUCCACCAAAAGUUUUUUUUCGCAGUACUUCACCAGGAGAUGGCUUGGUUUGAUACCAGCCAGAUUGGAACGUUGAACACCCGACAGACAGAUGAUAUUAACACCAUCCACGAAGUCAUUGGAGACAAGAUCUGUAUAUUUGUACAAUUCUUUACCACAUUUCUGACAGGGAUUGUUAUAGGAUUCGUCUACGGGUGGAAACUGACCUUAGUGAUUUUGUCAGUUAGCCCUCUCCUUGCUGCAGCAGCAGCAUUUUGCCUCCAAUUCCUGGCAUCAUUCACUACAAAAGAGCUGUCUGCUUAUGCUAGAGCAGGAUCCGUGGCAGAGGAAAUUUUGACCUCUAUCAGAACAGUUGUUGCUUUCAAUGGACAGAUGAAGGCAUUAGCAAAAUAUGAUGUUAACCUAGAGAAUGCUAGGAAAGUUGGAGUCAAAAAAUCCAUUACCACCUACACAUCUUUGGGUUUCACAGAGUUUGUUUUAUUUGGAGCCUUUGCUCUUGCAUUUUGGUACGGAACCAAACUCACAGUGGAGGAGAAAGAAAAUUAUACAAUCGGACAUGUGUUAAUUGUAUUCUUCUCUGCUCUCCUUGGCGCAUUCUCUCUCGGCCAGGGCUCCCCACACUUGGAGAGUGUUGCCAAUGCUCGAGGUGCUGCCUAUGAAGUAUACAAGGUUAUCAGUAAGCAACCAUUGAUCAAUAGCAGUGCCAAGGAAGGAUACAGACCGGAUAAGCUCAAAGGAGAGAUUGAAUUCAAAGACAUCCAUUUCAGUUACCCAUCUAGACCUGAUGUUAAAAUUCUCAAGGGCCUGAACCUGAAAGUUCAAUCGGGGAAGACCAUCGCUCUGGUUGGCUCCAGUGGCUGUGGCAAAAGUACUGCUAUUCAGCUGCUACAGAGAUUCUAUGAUCCAGUCCAAGGAGAGAUUACCUUAGAUGGACGAGAUAUUCGGACACUUAAUAUAAAGUGGCUAAGAGAACAUAUUGGCCUUGUAAGCCAGGAGCCUAUUUUGUUUGCAGUAAUACCCAUUCGCUGUUGCAGAGAGGGUAUUACUGAUUCUGAAGUUGAGAAAACAGCUAAAGAAGCCAGUGCUUUUGAUUUUAUAUCCAGACUGCCUGAUAAAUUUAACACCAGGGGGGAAAGGGGAGCUCAGCUGAGCGGAGGGCAGAAACAGCAAAUUGCUAUUGCCCGUGCCCUGGCAAGGAAUCCCAGGAUUCUGCUGCUGGAUGAAGCCACGUCUGCUCUGGACACUCAGAGUGACUCUAUUGUGCAAGCAGCUAUUGAUAAGGCUAGGGCUGGACGUACCACCAUUGUGAUAGCUCACCGGCUCUCCACAAUCCGGACAGCUGACAUUAUUGCUGGAUUUCAUAACGAUGUUGUUGUUGAACAGGGAACACACAGUCAACUCAUGACACAGAAGGGUGUCUACUAUUCUCUUGUGAUGCAGCAGGAUCUAGAAGAUCUCAAGAUGGAGAACCUGACUGAUCUUGGUGGUUUUGAAGAACCAGGAAUCAUUGAGCUGGGAAGCAUUCCUAAGAGAUCCAGAAGGUGUAAAAGCAGAAAGACCUCUUGUAAGAAAAAGUCAUCUGAAAAGAAGAAAACGAAGGAGAAAGAGGAGGAAAAUGUCCCUGCUGUGCCUUAUUCCAGAAUCCUGGCUCUGAACAAACCAGAGUGGCUGCAUAUAUUCUUUGGCGUGAUUGCUGCUGCCUUCUCUGGUGGCGUCUACCCUGCAUUUGCAGUUAUAUUUGGAAAAAUCAUUGGGGCUUUUCAAGAAACGGAUCCUGAAAAAAGGAGCAAAAACACCACGUUGCUUUCUCUAAUGUUUCUUGUACUGGCAGUGAUCAGCUUAGUAACACACAUCAUCCAGGGAUUCAUGUUUGGAAAGUCUGGGGAAGUUCUGACCAAGAGAUUGUGAACUUUGUCAUUCAAAGCAUUGCUUCAGCAGGAGAUUGUGUGGUACGACGAUCAUAAAAAUGCCAUAGGGGUUUUGUUAACCAGAUUAGCUACAGAUGCUUCACAAGUCAAAGGGGCUACUGGAAGCCAACUUGGCUUGUUGACUAAGACUGCCUGUACCCUUCUGACUGCCAUCAUUAUUGCUUUUGUAUAUGACUGGCGAUUAACUUUACUUAUCCUGGCAUGCAUUCCUUUCAUUAUUGCUGCAAAUGCUGUUCGACUGAGCUUUGUGGCUGGUCAUGCAUUAAAAGAUCAAAAAGCUUUGGAAGAGGCUGGACGAAUUUCAGCGGAAGUGGUUGAAAAUAUAAGAACUGUGGCUUCAUUAAGUAGUGAAGAUGCAUUCUGUGAGAGACAUAAUGCAAGUCUGAAUGGUCCAUACAGGGACUCUCUAACAAAAGCCCCCCUAUAUGGACUUACCUAUGGAAUAGUCCAAUGUGCAAACUACUUUCUUGAUGCAGCAGUUUUCAGAUUCAGGGCAUGGCUCAUUGCUAAUUGUUAUACAAACUUUGAAAAUGUAUUUAUUGGAAUAUCAGAGUCGAUCAGAGAGCACUCUGCGAUCGACACCCGCUGA